CCUGCUUCCUCUAUCAACCACCACCACACCCCUCCACCAUCUCUCACUCAACUACAGCCCAGCCCGUCGUCAAAAUGGCUGUCGAUCAGGAGUCUUUCGUCCAUCUCUCGCGCCCCCUUGCGCCCAACGUGCUUGGCUUCGGUGUCAGCAAUGCCCCGCUUACCGUCAACAUCCAGCCUCAGGCUGUCUUCUCCAUCAUCGACCAUGCCGUCAGACGUGACGACCGCGACACCCAGUCGACACGGGUGAUUGGUGCCCUCGUGGGUGUCCGCAGCGAGGACGGCAGCGAGGUCGAAGUGCGCUCCACCUUCGCCAUCCCCCACACCGAGAACGAGGACCAGGUUGAGGUGGACGUCGAGUACCAGAAGAACAUGCUGGCCCUGACGCUCAAGGCCAACCCCCGCGAGACCCUGCUGGGUUGGUACACCACCUCGCACGAGCUCAACAGCUUCAGCGCCCUGAUCCAGAACUUCUUCGCCUCCCCCGAGACCGGCACCUUCCCCCACCCGGCCGUCCACCUGACCAUCGGCACCGAGGCCGGCGCGACCAUCGACACCAAGACGUACAUCUCCGCUCCCGUGGCUGUCAGCCCCGAGCGCGCCGCCGAGUCGUGCCUCUUCAUCGAGGUACCCCACAAGCUCCUCUUCACCGACGCCGAGCGCGGCGCCCUGGGCUCUGUCGCCGCCGCUGCCGACGCCGAGUCGCGCUCCGCCCCCGUCGUCUCCGACAUUGAGAACCUCGCCCAGGCCCUCGAAACCGUCUCCGACCUGCUUGAGCGCGUUUCCGGCUUCGUCGGCGAGGUGCUCGACGAGGAGCGCGACGGCAACCACGCGCUCGGCCAGUACCUCAUGAACGCCCUUUCCCUGGCUCCCAAGGUGUCCAACCUGGCCAUCGAGAACGACUUCAACAACCACAUCCAGGACGUCCUUAUGGUCUCGUACCUCGCCAACACGAUCCGCACCCAGAUCGAGUUGUCCCAGCGCCUGGCCACUGCCAAGCUCGACGAGGGCAAGGAGGGCGGUGAGAAGAAGGAUGGUGAGGGCGCCGAGGGCGACAAGAAGACCGACGGCCAGCGUGGCCAAAGGGGCCAGGGCGGCAAGCGUGGCGGUCGCAGCGGUGGUGCUGGUGGCCGCGGUGGCCGCGAGCAGAGGGAGCCCAGGGAACCCAGGGAAGCUGCCGAGUAAAGAGGACGAAUUGGUGGAAAGAAAAGGGAAAGAGAAGAAGAGAAAGGAAAGAGAGAAUGAAACUCGUUCUUCCAGUAUCUUCUUUUAAUGAAAGGCCACUACACACAAUCAGGCAGGGGAAAAGAAAAAGGUUCACACACACACAAAAAGGAUCCGAUUUCUCUUACAAUGAGUCCCUUUUGCGCGCGUUUGAUUCAGUCAUCAGCCGUUUUUUACACGAGAAAGCGGGCUCCCCCAUUCUAUUUACUUCUCGACCUGUGCGGACUGGAGUUGUCUCGUCUGUCUGCCGUCUAUACCCUGCUGUUUCGCUACAGCGUUAUGAAGUGCGCGCGCGGUCUCGGUUGUCGGUUAUCGAUUUUGGAGAGGGGAGCGAGAGAAAAGGAAAGCGGGAAAGGUGAGAGAGGGUAAAAAAAGGAGGGAGGGAAAGAGAGGUAUGGGACGGCUUUGGUUGGGUCUCAAGCAAUAUGGCGUUCAUAGGAAUACUACUACUAGAGCCUUCUUACUCAGUCAGGUCAGCAGCAUGAUGAAUUGAUUUGGGAAUUUUCUGUUUGAAAAACAACAAUCUAUAC